CAUCUAGGUAUUUGACUUUUGUGCGGUAGCCAUUAACGUAGUUACGCUGGAAGAUAGAGAGCUCGAUGAAAUCUCUUCACUAACAAUGGAGACUCAGGAGUCUAAAAGACAAGAAAUUUCUCCCGGUACGAGUUUUUUGAGAUUUAGACCAGAAUAAAGCUCAAAAAUGUUGACCACCACCAUCAGCGGAGACGAAACAGAUUUGCCCUGCGGCGGAGGCGGGAAUGAGCCUCAAAAAGUUGCUAUAAUAUUUGCGUUUUGCGGCGUAGGAUACCAAGGGAUGCAAAAGAACCCCGGCGCGAAAACCAUUGAAGGUGAGCUCGAAGAAGCUCUGUUCCACGCCGGAGCCGUAACGGAAUCUAAUCGAGGCAAGCCGAAACAAUACGAUUUCGCACGAUCUGCAAGGACCGAUAAAGGAGUCAGUGCUGUGGGACAAGUAGUCUCAGGUCGCUUCUGCGUUGAUCCUCCUGGAUUCGUGGAUCGUCUCAAUUCAAAUCUCCCAAAUCAGAUUAGAGUUUUUGGAUACAAGCUUGUUACGCCGUCGUUCAGCUCCAAGAAGUCUUGCGAUCGAAGAAGGUAUGUGUAUCUGCUUCCAGUGUUUGCUCUUGAUCCCAUCUCGCAUCGUGAUAGAGAGACAGUAAUGGCUAGUUUGGGUUCAGGAGAGAUAUAUGUUAAGUGUGUUGAGUGCUCAGAGAGGGGUCGUAAGAUUCCAGGUGUUGUGGGCAAUGGGAAAGGAACCAACUUUGUUACAAAACCAGAAAUUUUGUCGACCAAGUCUAGUGCAUUAAGAACUGACGUCAAGAUUGAAGCUUUGAGUUCUAAUUUAUCUAGCUUGAGCUCAUUAGAUGUUGGAGUAGCUAGUAUACAAGAAGAUAUUUGUAAAUUGAAUACAAGUUCAUCAGAGAAGAUCAAUGGACAAGGUUUUAAAAGUACCGAAGCAAAGAGCAAGUUUUGUUACGGCGAGAAGGAGAAGGAGCGGUUCAAUAGAAUACUGAAUUGUUAUGUUGGAUCAUAUAAUUUUCAUAACUUUACUACAAGAACAAAAGCAGAUGAUCCGGCUGCGAAUCGUCACAUCAUCUCCUUCACCGCUAAUACUGUCAUUAAUCUUGAUGGUAUUGACUUUAUCAAGUGUGAAGUCUUAGGCAAAAGCUUCAUGCUUCAUCAGAUUCGAAAGAUGAUGGGUCUUGCUGUUGCAAUCAUGCGGAAUUGUGCUUCUGAAUCACUUAUCCAGACUGCUUUCAGCAAGGAUGUGGAUAUUACUGUACCAAUGGCUCCAGAAGUUGGACUCUACCUUGAUGAAUGCUUCUUCAUGUCGUAUAACAAAAACUUUGAAGACGGUCAUGAGGAAGUGUCGAUGAAAGCAUACAAAGAAGAAGCAGAAGCAUUCAAAUUGAAGCAUAUAUAUUCUCAUAUCGGCGCUACAGAGCGAAAAUAUGGAAAUGUGGCUCUUUGGCUGCAUUCCUUGAACCAUAGAAACUAUCCUGACCUAAAUUUUUGCAGCAAUGGACAUUACGCUGACCAAGUUCUUGUUCAUAAGAAAGUUGAUGAAACCCGCCACGAGGAAGAGUAGGUCUUAUAAUUAGUCCCUAAGCAAAAUGAUGGAAGCAUAGUUUGAAGAUUUCAUCACAUUGUUUGUGCUCUUAUUUAAUAACUUUUUAAUCAAUGAUUUGUUUUGUGUAUUGUUUGUAUUAUGGUUAGAACUAAAGAAUUGAUUUGUGUUUCGAACAAA